UCCCCCGAGCUGCCAGAGAAGUCUGGAUCCUGUCCCCAGUGUCACAUGCAAGGGCUCUGAGUCUCGCGGCCACUAUCCCGGGUCCCGUCUGCACAGCUCGGACCAUCAGGCUCUUCUCUGGCGCUCUCAGGGACUGUCGCCUUGCACUCCCUGGGGCCGCUGCUUGGUCCCCAGCGCGAUGUGGUGGUGCCUGGCCGUCUGUUGCUGGUCUCUGACACUGGUGUCCGGCUGGACCAACUUCCAGCCCCUGGCUCCGUCACGCAACUUCAGCUUCCGCCUGUUCCCCGAGGCCUCGCCUGGGGCUCCGGGCAGACUGACCUUGUCACCCGCGUCCGGCGAGGAGGAGGCGAUGGGGAGCAAAGUGGAGCGUCUGGGCCGCGCGUUCCGGAGCCGCGUGCGGCGCCUGCGGGAGCUCAGUGGCCGCCUGGAGCUCGUCUUCUUGGUGGACGAGUCGUCCAGUGUGGGCCAAACCAACUUCCUCAACGAGCUCAAGUUCGUGCGCAAGCUGCUGUCCGACUUUCCCGUGGUGUCCACGGCCACGCGCGUGGCCAUCGUCACUUUCUCGUCCAAAAACAACGUGGUGGCGCGCGUGGAUUACAUCUCCACUAGCCGGGCACACCACCACAAGUGCGCGCUGCUCAGCCGCGAGAUCCCGGCCAUCACCUACCGCGGUGGUGGCACCUACACCAAGGGAGCCUUCCAACAAGCUGCGCAAAUCCUUCGUCACUCUAGAGAGAAUGCCACCAAAGUCAUAUUUCUCAUCACCGAUGGCUAUUCCAAUGGCGGAGAUCCCAGACCCGUUGCAGCAUCCCUGCGGGACUUUGGAGUGGAGAUCUUCACGUUUGGGAUUUGGCAGGGAAAUAUCCGGGAACUGAACGACAUGGCUUCUGCCCCGAAGGACGAACACUGCUACCUGCUCCACAGUUUUGAAGAAUUUGAGGCUCUAGCUCGCAGGGCAUUGCAUGAAGAUCUGCCUUCUGGGAGUUUUAUCCAAGAGGAGAUGGCCCACUGCUCGUAUCUCUGUGAAGCUGGAAAGGACUGCUGUGACCGAAUGGCCAGUUGCAAAUGUGGGACACACACAGGUCAAUUCGAAUGCGUCUGUGAGAAGGGCUAUUACGGGAAAGGUCUGCAGUAUGAAUGCACAGCUUGCCCAUCAGGGACGUAUAAACCUGAAGCUUCUCCAGGAGGAAUCAGCACAUGCAUCCCAUGUCCUGAUGAAAACCACACCUCUCGACCCGGAAGCACAUCUCCUGAAGACUGUGUGUGCCGAGAGGGGUACCGGACAUCCGGUCAGACCUGUCAUGUUGUCCACUGCCCUGCCCUGAAGCCUCCUGAAAAUGGUUUUUUUAUACAAAACACUUGCAAAAACCACUUCAAUGCAGCCUGUGGGGUCCGAUGUCGUCCUGGUUUUGACCUCGUGGGAAGCAGCAUCCAUUUGUGUCAACCCAACGGUUUGUGGUCCGGGACAGAGAGCUUCUGUAGAGUGAGGACAUGCCCCCAUCUCCGCCAGCCCAAACAUGGCUACAUCAGCUGCUCCACUGUGGAAAUGUCCUACAACACCCUGUGUUUGGUCACCUGUAAUGAAGGAUACAGGUUAGAAGGAAGUGCUAAGCUCACCUGUCAAGGAAAUGCCCAAUGGGAUGGUGCAGAACCGCGGUGUGUGGAACGCCACUGCACUACCUUCCAGAAGCCCAAGGGCGUCCUCAUAUCUCCACCUAGCUGCGGCAAGCAGCCGGCCAAGCCUGGGUUGAUCUGCCAGCUGAGCUGCCGCCCGGGGUACGUUUUGUCUGGGGCCAGAGAGGUGAGCUGUGCCACAUCUGGGAAGUGGAGUGCCAAGGUUCAGACCGCUGUGUGCAAAGAUGUGGAAGCUCCACAGAUCAGCUGUCCAAAAGACAUCGAGGCUAAGACUGGGGAACAGCAAGACUCUGCCAACAUCACCUGGCAAAUCCCAACAGCUAAAGACAACUCUGGAGAAAAGGUGCCAGUCCAUGUCCACCCAGCCUUUACCCCACCCUACCUCUUCCCAAUUGGAGAAGUGGCCAUCACCUAUACCGCAACCGACUCAUCUGGUAACCAAGCCAGCUGCACGUUCCAUGUCAGGGUUAUUGACGUGGAACCACCUGUCAUAGAUUGGUGCCGAUCUCCACCUCCAAUCCAGGUCUUAGAGAAGGAGCACUCUGCCAGCUGGGAUGAGCCUCAGUUCUCAGACAACUCUGGGGCUGAACUGGUCAUCACCAAAAGUCACACCCAAGGAGACCUCUUUCCUCACGGGGAAACUGUUGUGUGGUAUACGGCCACUGAUCCCUCAGGCAAUAACAGAACCUGUGACAUCCACAUUAUCAUAAAAGGUUCUCCCUGUGAGGUUCCCUUCACCCCUAUAAACGGGGACUUUGUCUGUGCCCAGGACAGUGCUGGAGUCAACUGUACCCUGAGCUGCCGGGAGGGCUAUGAUUUCACAGAAGGCUCUAUGGAGAAGUAUUACUGCGCCUUUGAAGACGGUGUCUGGAGACCGCCGUAUUCUACUGAGUGGCCAGACUGUGCUAUAAAACGUUUUGCAAACCACGGGUUCAAGUCCUUUGAGAUGCUGUACAAAACAACUCGCUGUGACGACGUGGAUCUGCUUAAGAAGUUUUCGGCAGCGUUUGAAACCACCCUGGGGAAAAUGGUCCCGUCCUUUUGUAGUGAUGCUGGUGACAUUGACUGCAGACUGGAGGACCAGACCAAAAAAUACUGCAUCGAAUAUAAUUAUGACUAUGAAAAUGGCUUUGCAAUUGGACCAGGGGGCUGGGGUGCAGGUAACAGGCUGGAUUACUCUUACGAUCACUUCCUGGAUGUUGUACAAGAAACACCUCCAGGUGUGGGCAAAGCAAGAUCGGCACGGAUGAAAAGAUCGGCCCCAUCAUCUGACCCCAAAAUUCAGCUAAUUUUUAACAUCACAGCUAGUGUGCCCCUGCCGGAGGAGAGAAAUGAUACCCUUGAAUUGGCAAAUCAGCAGCGACUCAUCAAGACCUUGGAAACCAUCACCAACCGCCUGAAAAACACCCUGAAUAAGGAGCCCAUGUACUCUUUCCAGCUUGCCUCGGAGAUGGUGGUGGCUGACAGCAAUUCCCUGGAGACAGAGAAGGCCUUUCUCUUCUGCAGACCGGGAUCUGUGCUGAGGGGGCGCAUGUGCGUCAACUGCCCCCUGGGAACCUAUUACUCUCUGGAGCACUCCACCUGUGAAAGCUGCCUGAUGGGAUCCUAUCAAGAUGAGGAAGGGCAGCUGGAGUGUAAACUGUGUCCCCCCAGGACUCACACGGAGUAUCUCCACUCGAGAAGCAUCUCCGAAUGCAAAGCUCAGUGUAAGCAAGGCACCUACUCCUCCAGUGGGCUCGAGACCUGUGAGUCGUGUCCGCUGGGUACUUAUCAACCAGAAUUUGGAUCCAGGAGCUGCCUCGUAUGCCCAGAAACCACCACGACUGUAAAAAGAGGAGCUGUAGACAUCUCUGCUUGCGGAGUGCCUUGUCCAGUAGGAGAAUUCUCCCGCUCUGGGCUCACACCCUGCUAUCCAUGCCCUCGAGACUAUUACCAGCCCAACGCAGGGAAGUCCUUCUGCCUAGCUUGUCCCUUUUAUGGAACCACAACCAUCACUGGUGCCACGUCUAUCACGGAUUGCUCAAGUUUUAGCUCCACUUUCUCUGCAGCAGAAGAAAGCAUAGUGCCCCUUGCAGCUCCUGGAUACACCCAGAAGAAGUAUGAAGUCGGCAGCCAGGUCUUUCACGAAUGCUUCUUAAACCCUUGCCACAAUAGUGGGACCUGCCAACAGCUCGGCCGUGGUUAUGUCUGUCUCUGCCCACUCGGAUAUACAGGCUUAAAGUGUGAAACAGAUAUUGAUGAAUGCAGCUCACUGCCUUGCCUCCACGGUGGAAUUUGUACAGACCAAGUUGGGGGAUUCACCUGUGAGUGCCCAUCAGGUUAUGUAGGCCAGCUAUGUGAAGAAAACAUAAAUGAGUGUAGCUCCAGCCCUUGCUUGAAUAAAGGAACCUGCACGGAUGGCUUGGCCGGCUACCACUGUACCUGUGUGAGGGGAUAUGCUGGUGUGCACUGUGAGACGGACAUCAAUGAAUGCCAUUCGAGCCCCUGCCUAAAUAACGCAGUUUGUAAAGACCAAGUUGGCGGGUUCUUGUGCAAAUGCCCACCUGGAUUUCUGGGUACUCGGUGUGAAAAAAAUGUGGACGAGUGUCUCAGCCAUCCGUGCCAAAACGGAGCCACGUGUAAGGAUGGAGCCAACAGUUUCAGAUGCCAGUGCCCAGCAGGCUUCACGGGGCCACACUGCGAACUGAACAUCAAUGAAUGUCAGUCCAACCCAUGUAGGAACCAGGCCACCUGCGUGGAUGAGCUGAACGCAUACAGUUGUAAAUGUCGGCCAGGAUUUUCAGGCCACAGGUGUGAGACAGAACAGCCUUCAGGCUUUAACCUGGAUUUUGAAGUGUCUGGCAUCUAUGGGUAUGUCAUUCUGGAUGGAGUGCUUCCAUCUCUCCGUGCUAUCACCUGCGCCUUCUGGAUGAGAUCCUCUGACGUCAUCAACUAUGGGACGCCAAUCUCCUAUGCUCUUGAUGGUGACAAAGACAACACCUUCCUCCUGACCGAUUAUAAUGGCUGGGUCCUUUACGUGAAUGGAAAAGAAAAGAUCACCAACUGCCCCUCCGUAAAUGAUGGCUCUUGGCAUCAUAUUGCAAUCACAUGGACAAGCACUGGAGGAGUCUGGAGGGUCUAUAUCGAUGGGAAAUUAUCUGACAGUGGUACCGGCCUCUCCAUUGGCAAAGCCAUACCUGGUGGUGGUGCCUUAGUUCUUGGGCAAGAGCAAGACAAAAAAGGAGAGGGAUUCAACCCAGCUGAGUCUUUUGUGGGCUCCAUAAGCCAACUCAACCUCUGGGACUAUGUCCUGUCUCCACAGCAGGUGAAGUCGCUGGCCAGCUCCUGCCCAGAGGAACUCAGUCGGGGAAAUGUAUUAGCCUGGCCUGAUUUCUUGUCAGGAAUCACGGGGAAGGUGAAAGUUGACUCCAGCAGCAUAUUCUGUUCUGAUUGCCCAUCUUUAGAAGGAACCAUACCACACCUGAGAACUGCGUCAGGAGAUCGAAAGCCGGGCUCCAAAGUCAGCCUGUUCUGUGAUCCCGGCUUCCAGAUAGUCGGGAAUCCUGUGCAGUACUGUCAGAACCAAGGGCAGUGGACACAACCACUCCCUCACUGUGAACGUAUUCGCUGUGGGCUGCCUCCUGCCUUGGAGAACGGCUUCUAUUCAGCUGAGGACUUCCAUGCUGGCAGCACUGUGACCUAUCAGUGCAACAACGGCUACUAUUUGCUGGGCGACUCCAGAAUGUUCUGUACAGACAACGGGAGCUGGAAUGGCAUUUCACCAUCCUGUCUCGACGUUGAUGAGUGUGCAGUAGGGUCAGACUGUAACAAACAUGCCUCCUGCUUGAACACCAAUGGAUCUUACAUCUGCUCGUGCGACCCACCAUACACGGGAGACGGUAAAAACUGUGCAGAACCUGUAAAAUGUAAGGCUCCAGAAGAUCCAGAAAAUGGCCACUCCUCGGGCGAGAUUUAUACGGUGGGUGCCGAAGUCACAUUUUCCUGCGAGGAGGGGUACCAGCUGCUGGGCGUGAGCAAAGUCACGUGUUUGGAGAGCGGCGAGUGGGAUCACGUCAGACCGUCCUGUGAAGCCAUUUCCUGUGGCGCCCCACCGGCUCCUGAAAAUGGUGGUGUUGUUGGGUCAGUGUUUACGUUCGGCAGUAAGGUGACGUACAGGUGUGAUAAAGGCUACACUUUGGCUGGAGAUGAGGAGACAGCCUGUCUGGCUAGCGGUUCAUGGAGUCAUUCGUUCCCCGUGUGUGAGCUGGUGAAGUGUCCCAGUCCUGAGACCAUAGAUAAUGGGAAAUACAUCUUAAGUGGGUUCACCUACCUCUCCAUUGCGUCGUAUUCCUGCGAGAACGGCUACAGCUUACAGGGCCCAGCCCUUCUUGAAUGUACAGCUUCGGGUCGCUGGGACAGACCACCACCUACCUGUCACCUCGUCUCCUGUGGAGAACCCCCAGUCCUCAAAGAUGCUGUCAUCACUGGCACAAACUUCACUUUUGGGAACCUGGUCACUUACACAUGCAAAGAGGGUUUCACCCUUGCUGGUCCUGACACCAUCAUAUGCUUAGCCAAUGGCAAGUGGAAUUCAAGUAACCCCCAGUGCCUGGCUGUCUCCUGCGAUGAGCCCCCCACUGUGGACCACGCCUCUCCAGAGACUGCUCACCGGCUCUUUGGAGAUACUGCUUUCUACUACUGCGCCGAUGGUUAUAGCCUGGCAGACAAUUCCCAGCUCAUCUGCAAUGCCCAGGGGAAAUGGGUUCCCCCCGAGGGCCAGGCUGUGCCCCGCUGUAUAGCCCACUUCUGUGAAAAACCCCCAUCUGUUUCCUACAGCAUCUUGGAAUCCGUGAGCAAAGCCAAAUUUGCAGCUGGCUCAGUAGUGAGCUUUAAGUGCCUGGAGGGUUUUGUGCUGAACACCUCAGCCAAGAUCGAAUGCCUGAGAGGCGGAGAGUGGCACCCUUCUCCCUUGUCAAUCCAGUGCAUCCCUGUGCGCUGCGGAGAGCCUCCGAGCAUCGUGAAUGGAUACGCAAGUGGGGCGAACUAUAGUUUUGGGGCUGUGGUGGCUUAUAGCUGCCACAAGGGGUUCUAUAUCAAAGGGGAGAAGAAGAGCACCUGUGAGGCCACCGGACAGUGGAGUAGACCCAUGCCCACCUGCCACCCUGUAUCCUGUAGUGAACCACCUAAGGUUGAGAACGGCUUUCUGGAGCACGCCUCGGGCAGGACCUUUGAGAGCGAAGCCAGGUUCCAGUGCAAUCCAGGCUAUAAAGCAGCUGGGAGUCCUGUGUUUGUCUGUCAAGCCAAUCGCCACUGGCACAGUGAGGCCCCUCUGUCCUGCACCCCUCUCAACUGUGGGAAACCCCCUCCCAUCCAGAAUGGCUUCAUGAAAGGAGAAAGCUUUGACUUGGGGUCCAAGGUUCAGUUCUUCUGUAAUGAGGGAUAUGAGCUUGUUGGGGAUAAUUCUUGGACUUGCCAGAAAUCUGGCAAAUGGAGUAAGAAGCCAAGCCCAAAAUGUGUCCCCACCAAGUGCCCGGAGCCUCCCCUCUUGGAAAACCAGCUCGUAUUAAAGGAAUUAACUUCCGAGGUGGGCGUGAUGACCAUUUCCUGUAAAGAGGGGCAUGCCUUGCAAGGUCCUUCCAUCCUGAAGUGCAUGCCAUCCGGGCAAUGGAAUGGUUCCUUUCCCGUGUGUAAGUUGGUCCUUUGCCCCUCGCCUCCCUUGAUUCCCUUCAGCCUCCCUGCUUCUGGCGCUCUUCACUUUGGAAGCGCUGUCAAGUACUUGUGUGUCGAUGGGUUUUUCUUAAGAGGUGAUCCAACCAUCCUCUGCCAGGCUGACGGCACCUGGAGUUCUCCGUUGCCCGAAUGUGUCCCGGUAGAAUGCCCCCAGCCUGAGGAGCUCCUCAACGGUAUCAUCCACGUGCAAGGGCUUGCCUAUCUCAGCACCACGCUCUACACCUGCAAACCAGGCUUCGAGUUAGUGGGCAAUGCCACCACCCUCUGUGGGGAAAACGGCCAGUGGCUUGGAGGAAAACCAGUGUGCAAACCCAUUGAAUGCCCGGAGCCCAAAGAGAUUUUAAAUGGCCAGUUCUCUUACAUAAGCUUCCAGUAUGGACAAACCAUCACAUACUUUUGUGACCGAGGCUUCCGGCUCGAAGGUCCCAAAGCCCUGACCUGCUUAGAGACAGGUGACUGGGAUAUGGAUGCCCCCUCUUGCCUUGCCAUCCACUGUAGUGACCCACAGCCCAUCGAAAAUGGUUUCGUAGAAGGUGCGGAUUACAGAUAUGGCGCCAUGAUUAUCUAUAGCUGCUUCCCUGGCUUUCAGGUGGUUGGUCACGCCAUGCAGACCUGUGAAGAGUCAGGAUGGUCCAGCUCCAGCCCAACGUGUGUACCCAUAGACUGUGGUCUCCCUCCUCACAUAGACUUUGGAGACUGUACAAAAGUCAAAGACGGCCAGGAAUAUUUCGAUCAAGAAGAUGACAUGAUGGAAGUCCCGUAUCUGACUCCCCGCCCUCAGCAGUUGAAAACAACAGCUAAAACCCCUGCUGCGCAUGCGUCCCACUUUCUAUACGGCACCAUGGUUUCCUACAGCUGUGACCCCGGCUAUGAGCUGCUGGGAAACCCCGUGCUGAUCUGCCAGGAAGAUGGAACGUGGAAUGGGAGUGCUCCCUCUUGCAUUUCAAUCGAGUGUGAUUUGCCCGUUGCUCCAGAAAACGGCUUUUUGCAUUUCACACAGACGACCAUGGGCAGCGCUGUGCAAUAUAGCUGCAAGCCGGGGCACGUUUUAGAAGGCUCCCACUUAAGGCUUUGUCUGCAGAAUAAGAAGUGGAGCGGUGCCGCGCCACACUGUGAAGCUGUUUCGUGCAGCAAGCCAAACCCACUCAGGAACGGACUCGUCAAAGGAAGCGACUACUCAUACCUGGCUGUGUUACGUUAUGAGUGUGACCCUGGCUAUGUGCUCAAUGGAACUGAGACCAGAACAUGCCGGGAAAACAAAGACUGGGAUGGGCACGAGCCCACGUGUGUUCCUGUGGAUUGUGGCUCACCCCCAGUCCCCAACAAUGGCCAAGUGAAGGGAGAGUUCACGUUCCAAAAGGAGGUCACGUACUCUUGCAGUGAAGGGUUCAUCCUUGAAGGAGCCAGGAGCCGCGUCUGUCUCACCAAUGGGAGCUGGAGUGGUCCCACUCCCACCUGCACGCCUGUCAGAUGCACUGCCCCACCGCAAGUGGCAAAUGGGGUGACAGAUGGCGUAGACUAUGGGUACAAGAAGGAAGUAGCAUUCCGCUGUCUAGAGGGCUAUGUGUUACACGGGGCUCCUAAACUGACCUGCCAGGCAGAUGGGACUUGGGAUGCAGAGGUUCCAGUCUGUAAACCAGCGGCCUGUGGUCCUCCCGACGAUCUUCCCCAGGGCUUCCCUAAUGGCUUUUCCUUUUAUCACGGAGGUCGCAUACAGUAUCAGUGCUUUCCUGGUUUUAAGCUCCAUGGAAACCCAUCAAGAAGAUGCCUCGCCAACGGUUCCUGGAGCGGCAGCUCACCUUCCUGCCUACUGUGCAGGUGUUCCACGCCCCUCAUUCAGCACGGAAUGGUCAAUGCAACCGAUGUGGCCUGUGGAAAGACAGUCCAGAUUGAGUGCUUCCGAGGCUUCAAGCUCCUUGGACUUUCUGAAGUCACCUGUGACACCAAUGGCCAGUGGUCUGGCUUGCCCCUCUGUGAGCAUGCGGACUGCGGUUCUCUCCCGGCCAUACCCAAUGCAGUCGUCAGUGAGAGUAGUCCUCUGGAGGACAACGUGGUGACCUACAGCUGCAGGUCUGGCUACAUCAUGCAAGGCAGUUCAAAUCUGAUCUGUACAGAGAAAGGGACAUGGAGCCAGCCUUACCCAGUCUGUGAGCCCCUGUCCUGUGGACCCCCACCGCCUGUUGCCAACGCAGUGGUAACAGGAGAGACAUAUACCUAUGAAAGCAAAGUGAAACUCAGGUGUCUGGAAGGGUACGUGAUAGAUACAGAUACAGAUACGUUCACCUGCGAGCAAGACGGCCAUUGGGUCCCUGAAAGAAUCUCCUGCAGUCCUAGAAAAUGCCCAGUGCCAUCAAACACAACACGCAUGCGUGUUCACGGAGACGACUUCCGGGUGAAUAAACAAGUUUCUAUAUCCUGCGCAGAAGGGUUUACCUACGAAGGAGCGGACUCGUCAACGUGCCAGCCCGAUGGCACAUGGGAGCCACCAUUUUCUGAUGAAUCCUGUACCCCAGUUUUUUGUGGGCACCCUGAAAGUCCAGAGCAUGGCUCGGUGGUUGGCAGUCUAUACAGCUUUGGAAGCAUCGUCGCUUACCGGUGUGAUUCUGGCUAUGAAUUAGAGGGGACCAGGGAACGAGUCUGCCAGGAGAAUGGACAGUGGAGUGGGCAGGUGGCCGUGUGCAGAGAGAACAGGUGUGAGGCUCCAGCUGAGUUUCUGAAUGGCGAGACUGUCCUGGACAACACCACAUCUGGACCUAGCCUGCUGUUUUCCUGCCACAGAGGCUACACCCUGGAAGGGUCCCCUGAGGCCCAUUGCACUGAAAAUGGAACUUGGAGUCACCUGGUUCCCCUCUGCAAACCAAACCCGUGCCCUGUCCCUUUUGUGAUCCCUGAGAACGCUCUGCUUUCUGAGAGAGAGUUUCACGUUGGCCAGAAUGUGUCUGUCAAGUGCAGGGAAGGCUUCCUGCUCAGAGGCAACGGCGUCAUCACCUGCAACCCGGAUGAGACGUGGACACAGACCAACGCCAAGUGUGAAAAAAUUUCGUGUGGUCCUCCACCUCGUGUAGAAAAUGCCAUUGCUCGAGGUGUCCAUUACCAGUAUGGGGACAUGAUCACCUACUCCUGUUACAGUGGGUACAUGCUAGAAGGUUCCCUGAGGAGCGUCUGCCUAGAAAAUGGAACAUGGACACCGUCUCCUGUUUGCAGAGCUGUCUGUCGGUUCCCAUGCCAGAAUGGAGGUGUCUGCCAACGUCCAAAUGCUUGCUCCUGCCCGGACGGCUGGAUGGGGCGUCUCUGUGAAGAGCCAAUAUGCAUACUUCCCUGUCUGAAUGGCGGGCGCUGUGUGGCUCCUUAUCAGUGUGACUGCCCGGCAGGCUGGACUGGGUCCCGCUGUCACACAGCUACUUGCCAGUCUCCCUGCUUAAAUGGCGGAAAAUGCAUAAGACCAAACCGGUGCCAUUGUCUCUCAGCCUGGACAGGACAUGACUGCUCCAGGAGAAGGAGAAGUGGGUUUUAACACACGCCGCCCCCACCGCCUCUCCGGAAGCAGGGUCAUCUCCUCCUGGUAGCUCCUGGAACUCACAGCAAGGAAGACCAACACGGCGCUUGGGCUUGUGUGUUUUCUAAGCCUGAGGUGGACUUUUUCAUUUUGCCAUCUAUUCUGUUACUCUUCGUGACGUCCUUUCUUAUGUGUCUCCAUUGUCUCAAUACGCUUGCGUUUUCUAUAUGGAAGUCACAUUAAACAGAUGCUGCUCCACCCUCACCAGAUGUACAUACUCUGCCGCCCGCUGAGAAAGUCCCUGGAACACGUUUUUAUUCAACUACUUAAAUGACUUUCCAUUAAAAUAUAUU